AUGUCCCACAACGUCACAUCCACGGGCUGCCCUGUGGUCUACAAGCCGGUAGACCCUGUGCCCUUCUACCAGGAUGGACAAUUAAACUUCAAGGCUCACCAAGUAGGAUGGAUCAUCAGCGGGUUUUUUGCCCUUGUGGCUACAUCCUGCACAGUGUAUUUGGUGGACAGGCACUUGGUGUUCUACACCUGCCCGCAACAGCAAAGACACAUUGUGAGGAUGCUACUCAUGGUGCCAAUCUAUGCAAUUGUCUCUUGGCUCUCCUACUUUUACUACAAUCAUGCGAUCUACUACGAAACGGUACGCGAUUGCUACGAGAGCGUAGUGAUCACUUCCUUCUUCUACCUCUUGCUGCAGUAUAUUGGAGACACGCCGGUGGAGCAAGACGAAGUCUUCCGCAAUGUUAAGCUCAAGAAGUGGUUCUUCCCGUUGGGAUGGUGGAAGUAUCGACCCUCAGGAUUGCACUUCCUAUGGUUGAUGAAGAUCUCCAUCUUGCAGUAUGCCAUCGUCCGGCCAGUCUGCACGCUCGCAGCAGUCGCCCUCGAGUACUUUGGAUACUACUGCUUGGCCUCCUGGAGUCCCAAAUUCGGACACAUCUACAUCUCGCUGAUCAUCAGUAUAUCCGUCACCGUGGCCAUGUACUGCGUGGUGCAGUUCUACCUUCCGGUCCAGAAAGAGCUGAAACCUUACUCGCCAGUCCUCAAGUUCUUGUCGGUCAAGACCAUCGUUUUUCUCGUCUUCUGGCAAUCCACCUUCCUCUCCAUCCUCGCUUACUUCAACGUCAUCAAAGAGACAGAGUACAUGACGGUAGAGGAGGUGCAAGUAGGCAUCAAUGCACUCCUUGAAACGUUCGAAAUGUUCAUCUUCGGCUUUGUUCAUCUGGUAGCCUUCACUCACAAGAUCUAUCGGCCUGCAGAUCGCACGCGGAGGACCAAGAGAUGGGCGGCAUUCAAGGAUGUUAUCGAUUUCAGGGAUUGGUGGUACGGCAUGAAAGACUCUUCGAGGUACGUCCUCGCCAGAUCUAGAGGACGCGACUUUACCUAUGUCGACGAAGUUCGCAGGCAAAAGUACGACCACUUGGAGAAGGCAAUGGGCAGAGAUCGGUGGGCC